UAUUCAUCGUUUCACCAAGACACCAAAUACUAUAGAUUAUUAUCCAUAGUAUUUGGUUUCACUCAUAAUAAUAAUAUUUAUUUCAAUAGGUUCCUAUUCAAAUUUUAAUCUCUUUUCUAAAUUAUUUAGUUUUUAUCUAUACAGAUCAAUUUUGACCGUUUCUAAACAUGAUGUUAUUUUUGUACAAUCCAAAGUAGAAAUGUUAUUAGUGGAAACUGAGAAUGGAAAACCAUUUUGGUUAACUACACAGUUCUUUACUGAGGCAGGUAAAAAACAAGUGGACACAUAACAGACAUGGUUCACUAUUGUAUUUUUCACAUGCAAUUUACCUGGUAGACUUGUUUGUUGGUCCAACAAAUGAAAUGCGUUUCAAUAAACAGGAGAUGAUCACAUUGGCACAACAACCAUCUAAUAAAUUUGACAAAGAAGGACUGUUAUUUGUUCGCGAACGCCAAGAAGGGUUUUUUAGAAGAACUGAGAAGAGAGAUUCAAAACGAAGCAAAAAGCGAGAACGUCUAAGCGAUUUGAACUGUUAUGGCGGAUCACAUAAAGCUAAUUUUGAGCGUUGGUGUCGUUUAAGAGGAAAUUUGCUAUUUUAUCUCAAAUCUCACGAUCAGCUAUCAGAUUUACUAGGUGUUAUUGUUCUACAAAAUUAUUCUGUACAAUUAGACGAGUCUCCACCAGAAGGACCAUUUAGUUUUCAAAUAGUAUUUGAAAAUGGUAUUUGUCAACAAAUUGCUGCGCAUACAGAGUUAGAAAGAGAUUCUUGGUUAGAAGCCAUAAAGCAAGCAAGCUACGAAAUCAUGCGGGCGAGACUGUUGAAUUUAAGAAGGCAAUUAGAAGAAAAACGAAAACCAGAUUUAGAUAUUAAUAUGUGGAGAUUACGUAAAAAUCAACCUAAAUUAGAUCUAACAAAGGUACCAUUGUGUGAAAUAUGUUUUUCUUGUGAUAACCUGAUGUGUGAUGGGCAUGGACGUUCUCCAAAUCCAGCAAUUGUUGUAUCAAUUUGUAUACCAAGCGAAAAUGUUUGGAUAAACUAUGCUAAUACAGAAGUUAUCAUCGAUAAUAGUAAUCCAACAUUUUUGAGAACUAUAUGGUUACAGCGGAGUGAUGGGUUAACUGAGGAUUGUAUUCUUCGAGUAUCAGUCUAUGAUGUCCGAGAAUGUAUUUCUGGAACUGCAGUGAAAAUGGGACAUUGUGAAACAACACUUUGUUCGUUGUUAGAAACUACUCAUUCAGGAAACAAUGGACAACGUGUCCGUUUGCCACUGUCUUCGCCAAGUAUUACGUCUGAUUCAGAUAAAAUUAUUGGUUUUGUGUCCAUGAUGAUUUGUCGCCCAGAUAAACAGAUUGGACAUAACAUGAGUACAGAGUCCACACCAUGCAAAUCAUUAAUGUAUAACAAUCAUAACUUUCCUAUGGUAAAUCAUCGUAGAACUCAAUCAUUACCUCCAAGACUUGGAUCCAGAUUACAUGUUCCAUUACAGAACUAUCUAUAUUUAUUAUUUGACAAUGUAUCAUUUGUGACAUAUCGUUUUCAUUCUGGCCUAAGGGGUGAUAUAUCUGUUUAUGAAAUAAUGGCUGAAAGCAAGUUAUGCUUUUAUUUACCUCAACAAUUAUUAAACAUAUGGAUUCUUGAAGAAAAAGAACUUUUACAAGAAGUGUCAGGAAUGGGUGAAUUAUCUGAACCAUGGCAUUCAAAACAAGUAGAACUACUUGACCGACAUUUACAACUAUUACAUUUGUAUUCUCAAGCUAAACAAAAUCUAGAAAAUCAAAAAGGGGUUAAUUUUAAACCAAGUUCACGUAAAAAUGACCGUUCUUUAGAGUUUGCACCAACAAACUUACAUUUACAACGUAUUUGGGUUCAAAAUGAUACACUAAAAAAAAGUGGAUUUUAUGAUACAAUAACAGUUGGUGCAUUUACUGCACAUUCACACAAGUCUAAAACUGGAGGAUUGAUAAAACUAUUACAACAACUCAAAGAAGCACCACUUAAAACAAAUGACCAUGCGAUGGCCAGUAGUAAAAUUACUAUGGCGUUUGAUGCAAUUCAAGCAAUUAAACUUUUAAGACGAGAGGUAGUGGAUGCAAUGAAAAAUUUGUUAAAUUUAGCUAAAGACAAACAAACCUCAGGAAUGAUGCCAAUUUGUAAUGAUAUGAUAUCUAAAACUCGUAUUUUGCUAAGCCUUUGGGAUCCAAAGCUUGUUGAAGAAGCUUUAAAUUUUAUCGAAGAACAUAAAGUGACACCUGUCUUGUGUGAUGACAAUGAAUCUGUGAAACAUCCUUCAAAUUAUCAUGUAUCGCCAUUUAAACGUAUAGCAAGCCAGAUAAAUUUUGAUUUACAAUCACCAGAUACUGAGGAUUUGUACACUCCUGAAAGCCCAAAAUGUUUGAGGAAUUUGAUGAAAUUUGAUUCAAAAGAAAUCCAAGAAGAACAUGACUUUAGCAAUAAUGAAGACCAGCAACAGUUUAUUGUAUUUCCAGAAUCUAAAGGUGAAAUGGACAAUAAUCAAGAAGAAGACGCAAAUCAUGUUUCUGGUUCAAAAGAAAAUUCAUUACUAAAUGAAAGCAGCAAUGGUAUGAAAACAGGUCAAUUUUUGGACACUUAUUCAAUGUGUAAUUCACCGUCAGCCAACUAUUAUAAGCCUACUGAAGAACCAGAACCUUGGGAGCUUACUCAGUUGAAUAUUGAAGCUAGUAUUAUGUGUCUUGUGAGCAAAGUUAAAUUUUUAUGUGGCCGUUGCAAUAGUCCAGCAGUGAGAUUGAGGUCUCAAAGAUGUCGUAGUUUUCGUUCAAAUUCAUCAACGAUACAGCCAACAAAUUCUCAUCAGCCUGUGAGCUUAGAUUCUAGAUUUACUCAAAUUGCUGAUAACGAUGCACAAAAAACUACUAGUAACAAUGCACCUUCCAGAAACAAGUUUACAGAAGGGCUUGAUUUUAAUCUUAUGACUGAUUGGGGUUCUGAAUUAAAGCCAAGCAUGCGUAAACUUCGUCAAGCUAUGGAUGGACUUUUGAAAACGGCUAGACUUACACAUAGUGUUUUCAGAGUACAAGAGGAUAAACGGUCAGCUGAAAGGUCGUGCAAUGUUCGUUACCGAAGACAUGUUUGUUUUUCACAAGCGUUAACUGCUUUGGUAAGUGGUUUAAUGGCAAGAUUGUGGUGUCAAAAGCCUGAACCUGAAUUUCUGUAUGUGUUAUCUUCAAUUGGUUGUUUAGCCUCUUUUGAAUGUUUAUUGAGUUACUAUGGUAAUGAAAUUGAUAUGUGGGGUGAUAUGGCUGUUGCCAUUGAAGACCUGGCUACUGUGAACUUCACCUUAUUACCAUUAUCGCAAGCUGUUAGAGAAAAUCCAAAAGAUGAAAUCAUGCCACGUAUUGUGGGUUCUAAGAAUUCAUUAUGCGUUUUAUUACCAGUUCCUGAUUUAAUUCAGUCUCUAUUGCCUUCUAAAAAUAUUGCUCCAUUUCGGGUUACACCUGUUUUUUUUAAUAUGGGUAUUAAUGAAAUGGCGACUAUUGCAGAAAACCUUGGAAAUACAAAACCACAAGAUAGUAGCAAUAUUGAUAAUUUUGAAAGAUUAAGUGAAUUCUGUUCAAGAUACCGUAAACUUAAUUUAUCCAGUAAUGGUGAUUGUGAACGGCAAGGUACUUCUGUUGCAGAAUUAAUGAGCAAUUUAAAAGAUUCAUUACAAAGCAGUAAGAGUAAAAAUGUAGAAAUACUACAAACAGCAGCUAUAGUGUGUCGCCGUUUGAAAGGUUUAAGAUUUACUAGUUGUAAAAGUGCUAAAGACCGAACAGGUAUGUCAGUCACAUUAGAACAGUGUUCUAUUUUAAAUUUAGAGUAUGGACUAGCAGAAAGUGAAAUUCAACAAGCAUUAGAUUGUAUGAGAAGUGAGGGGUGUAGGAGAGAAAAUGCAUACAAAAAUACCGGUGUCAGAAAAUAUGCAUUUAACAGAUUACAACACUUUACUUUACCACAAAUGUAUAGACCCCCGGCUGGUACUUAUGGAUCAAGCCAAACUUAAAUGGUUACCAUGGUUGUUUAUUAUUUUAUUACUUUUUUAUUUCAUUUAUUAUUUUAUUAUUGAUUUUUUCAUCCUUUAAAUUGAAAAACAAAGUUGUUUGAACUUUAUAAUGUUCCUAUACUGAGACUGUUGUCUGAUGUACUUAGAACCUCUGCAAACAAUUUUUGAAGUAAGGAAAACUCGCUAUUAUAGUUUAUAAUCAAUAAUAAUAAUAUAUUAUUUAUAUUGUUGUGGGUUUUAUUUUCAAGAGAAAAAAAUUGUGCUAAUUAAUUUGUUUGUUGGGGUCACAAUAAAAUAAAUACAGUAGUUGUUUCUUAUUCUGAACAAAUCGCCAAAUAAGUUGUUCCCAGAUUAAGUAAAUUAGUAAUAAUGGUUUAUUUGGUACUAAAAAUGUUGCCUAUAAUAUGUGGUGGUUUGCAUUAUCUAAUGGAUAAAUUUAUUAGUGAAUACUGUAUUAGUAUUUUAAUAAUGAAUUUAAUUAGUCAUUAUUCGUUAAAUACAUUUUGAUAAUUGUGACUAUAGUAGUUUGAUUAAAUAUUUAUUAUUUAGUCUGAUAUUGACAUUAAAUUAUGGAAGCAUAUUUUUUGAAUACUGAAAUAAAAGUAUUCUAACAGCAGUUGUGAUUUUAGCAUUGAAUACAAAUUUGCGUAUAAAUUUAUUCAUAAUUAAUUCAGGACACUGCAUAAUAAUACAAUUAUCACAAAUUUUAAAUAUUUUGUUUCAACUCAUCAAAUAGGAAAUAAUUUUCUGGAAACUAAAUAGGUAGAUACUGCAAUCAUGGGAUGAAAUAUUUAAUUUUGAUUAGUAACAAUUUUUUUUAAAAAGUUAUUUAAUUUGAUUACCUUGACCGUUUAACAAUAAUUGUUUAUAAAUCAGUGACUGAAGCUUAGCCAAGAGUGCUGAAAAGGCUGAUUGAAAUUGCUUAAUUUUAUUUAUUUUUUAAACAAUUUUUAGUUUUAAAUUCAUUUUUCAUUUUAUUUAAUGCUUAUUUGACAAUUAUAUUAUUAUAAUAUAAGGCUCAACUCCUAUUAGGUCGGGGAGGCGUUCACAAAUGAUAUUGUUUUAUAAUUUUGGAGAAAAUAUUUGGGAAUAGAAAUAUUGUUCUAAAAUUAUUUCAUAGUUAUCGAGAAUUAUAAUACAAAUUUGACUGAUUCAAACAAUAUAAAUAUUGCCAACGACACACUUUUUCACACAAUAUUCCCACAAGUCCUAUAUAUUCUAAUUAUAUAAUACAAAAAUGAUACCUUUUUCUCCUAUUUGGCUAUAGAAUAUGUAUACAUUAAAUAUCUAAAAGCAUACAUUAUAGAAUCAUAUAAAUUUAAAUUAGAAUUUCUGCUCUGUUUUAUAUACAUGUGUAUAAAAAAUAAGCUUAAAGAACUUUCUUACAGAAUUGGUGGCAUAUAAUUUUAAAUAAAAAAAAAAUCAAUUCUAUUUAAUUUUGAGACAUCUAUUUUUUCUCCUAUUAACAACAUUUUUAGUAAUAAUUAUUGACUGUGUAUCAUUUAAAAUAACAAUAACAAAUAAUUGUAAUCAUAGUUUUAUUAUUUUAUUAUUAAAUACUAAUCGUAUACUGUAUACUUAGUGUAUUAAAAACUGGGUUUGUACAAUUGUUAUUAUUUAGUCUAUUUUAUAACAACUAGUAGAUGAUGACAAACAGUUUUUAAAUUUAAACUUAAAUUUUAGAUAAUAAUUAUACUUAAGAUUUAUCAUAUUUUAACUGUUAAUUAAAUCUUUAAUUACAUUAUAUUUAUGUUAUUUGUCAAUUUUUUAAGACAUGAUAUGUGCCAAACUUAAAUCAAAAAUUGUUAAACUUUAAUCUAUUCAGUUAAAUUUUACAGUUUAACUUAAAAAUAUUUAAUAUACUUGGGUUUGAGCGCGUGUCUUCCUGUUAUUAUCAAAUCAUAGAUUCUCUAUUAUCUAAGAUACAAUUAUGUUGCUCAAAAUGUACAACAGAACCUUUAAAUUAUAAUAUAAUAUUUAUUAUAUUAACAUACUUUUAAGUUAAUUAAGAAUUACAUUUAAAAUCCAUUCAAAUAUUACCUUACAUUGUGUUUGUCCAAUAUACAAUUUUAUUUUAUUGAUAAAUGUAUACUUAUAAUCAUUUUGAUUUUUUAAAAUUUUAUAAUUAACUAACUUAAGUUUCCAGUUUGCACAUUUUUAUUUUUUGAAAAUUAUAGCUGAACUGUUACCAUCAAUGUGUUUUUAGAAAUUUAGUAAUUUUCAACAAAAUAUUUAUUAUUUGUUAUGCAAUUUAUUUUUAUUAUUAUUUCUUCUACAUAGUAUGUUUAUUUGAACAUAUAAAUUAUUAUUUAUCAAAGUUAUUACACUGAAAUUGUUUUCGUAUCAAUUAUUGUUAUAUUGUUUCUAUUCAUAUUAUUCUAAAACAAAUUUUAUUAUAUAAAUUAGAGAAUUUUUUUGUACUGUGAUUAUAUUAUUUAACAGCUCACGCUUACCUUUAUGUUUUAUGACUUGAUAUUUUAUUAUAUUUAUUUUGUUGUACCCGACUAUCUGUAAAUUGUAGUUAUAUUAUUUUAUGUGCAAUUAAAUUUUUUUAAAUGAUUUAUUGUUUAUUAUUAAAUAGUGUUUUCAAACAUCAUUCAAGUGUAGAAUAAAUCACUAUGUAAAAUAUAUCUUAUAUUAAAAAAUUAAAUAUCAAAUUUUGUCUAACAUAACAUAAUUUGUUUUUAAUUAAGUAUAUUAAUUAUUAGUCCAGAGCUCGUAAGUUCGUACACUAAAAAAUGCAUAAAUUAGCAUGUAUUCAUGCUCUUAACAUUUUUAAAAUAUGCACUAUGUAAAAAAAUCACAGGCAAAUUUUAAAAGUUUUUUAUUCCUUUUAAUUUUUAUACGCUUUAAAAUAAUCAAAAUUAAUAAAAAAAAAAAACAAAUCAAAACCAAUACUAUCAUUUUGUAAAUAGGAAAAUAAAUAAAAUAAGAAACAAAAGAGAAUCAAAAUAUUUAAAUAAAUAAAUAUAAUAUUUUUUUAUGUAAUAAUAAGCGCUAAUAACCCUAAAAAAUCUACUGUAUGACAAAUAUGCCUUUACACACAAAAUAUUCAAAAACAUGCACUUUAUAUAAUUAUUACCAUUGUUAUUAAAUAGAUUUAUAUCUCAGUUAGCAUGUUUUCCUGUGUAGCAAAAAAUACAUGCAAAUGCAUGAACUUACGAGCGCUGAUUAUUACUGUACUUAGAAUCAUAGACCUAUUAACUUAAUUAAUUUAAUAUUAAAUUUAUUAAUAGGUCUAUGCUUAGAAUAUUAUGUUAAUAUAUUUAAAUUAAUUUAUUAAUAAUUAAUGGCCCAUUAACCAACUGCACUUUGAGUAAUCAAUUAUGCUAUCUUUUAUAGAGUGUACUUAAGCUGGCCUAUUGUAUUAUUUUUGUUAAUCAAAUAUAUUAUGUAAACUAUUUAAUAUUUAUAUUAAUAAAGUUUUUAAUUGGUACUAAAAA